AUUACCAUUCACAACUCCGCAUUAACUCCUUUACUUUGUGUUAUAAUAUUUUUAACCGAUUUCUCCAUUUAUUAAUCAUGCGAGGAUUAACCGUAAUCCUGCUCGCUGUCGCUUGUUCGAGCGUAGUAAUCGAGGCUUGUCAGACGGAAAACGAAGGCUGUGCCGGCCAUCUUCCUCCCUGCUGCAGCGGUCUGAAAUGCAACAACGGCGCCGAAGUAUUCGGAUUCUGCAAGAAAGCAGACGGAGCCGACGCCAGUCCCAAUAGUGGUGAAGAGACCGCUCCUCGGCCGGCACAGAAACCAACCACCCCGCGGGCGCCGGCUAAAACCAACCAAGGUUCCUCCUCAAAAAACCUGGUCAGCAAGGACCAAUUCUUCAAAGCCGUAACCAGCAACGGUUUCCCGCAGCCGACGGACGCCCAGUACGAUCAUUUCGUCAAAGGCGCGCCCAACGGGCACAUCACUACCAAACGCGAGUUGGCCAUGUUCCUGGCUAACAUCCUCCACGAGUCCGGCGGACUGCAGAAGAUGAAGGAGGAACAACCGCUGGCGGAGUACGGGAAGUACUACGGACGCGGCUACAUCCAGCUGACCUGGGAGGCCAACUACCGUUCCGCGUCGGAAGCACUGUACCACGACGACCGUCUGUUGACGAAUCCCGACCUCAUCCUGAAGGACGACCAGGUCGCCUGGGACACCACCUACUGGUUCUGGGGUGCCAAUGUGCACUCUCAUGACGGAGUCCAAGAAGGGCAUUUCGGCGCCACCAUCAAGGCCAUCAACGGUGCUCAUGAGUGCAAUGGAGCAAACCUGGACCAGUCCCAAUCCCGCUUCAAGUACUACAAACGCAUCCUGGCCAUCUUUGUGCCCGGGGAGACGCCCAUCGAAACCGGAUGCUACAAUUAGGCCAUUAUGGUUAGCUGCUUGUUUGCCUCUGGUUGUUGAGCUGUUCUUCUUAAACUCUUUCUGUUUAUCUUAGCUAUCUAACUAUCUAACUACUUGACUAUCUAACUGUAUAUGACUUAAUUAUUGGUGCAUUGAUCGGUGAAAGCACGAACGUUACCAUAAAUUAAGAAGCAUUUUUCCAUUUAAUAAAGUUUUUGCU